UGCAAAUGUUUCGUUUUGUUCCAAUGCAGAAAUAUUUCUUUAAUUUCAAAAAAAUAUAUCAAAAUAAUACACUCUUUCUCUCUCUAGGGUUUCAGUUUCGCUAUAUUUGUUAGGGUUUCGACGAACAUCCGAUGCUCUGGCGAGUCCGGGGGUGGAAGCCACAAGAGCGGUGAGUACAGUCCGCGCUCUAACAUCUGCGAGCAGGAUAGUAUCUUCCUAUCGCGAAUAUCAGCCGCACCAUGAAGAAGACUCUCCCUGCUAAUGGUAAAAUCGCAAAGGAUGCUAAAGAGAUUCUCCAUGAAUGCGUCUUUGAGUUCAUCAGCUUCAUCGCCAACGAGGCCUCUGAUAAGUGUCAAAGACAGAAGAGGAAGACGAUUAACGAUGAUGAUUUGCUUUGGGCGCUAGGUUUCGAGGAUUAUAUUGAUCCUCUUAAGAUUUACCUUAAGAUACAAGAGGUAAAUUCUAUUUCAGUUUACUGUUUUUCAAUUUUUUGGUAUUUUACUUUACAAGCUUUUCUGGUACCCCCGGUGAGAACAAAUGAGAAUUGGGUCCUCUGGCAAUGUUUAAAGGGUUGUUUUGAAUUUUUAUUGUUGUUGUACUUUUUACUAAUGGUAACUCUUUUUCUUUAAUUUGUCGUCGGUCAAUUGGAAAUGUUGCAGAUGGAAGUAAUUUCAAAUCCUUUAUUUUAUAGCGAAUUUUUUGUUUUGUGAGCACAUCUUUGUAAUGGUUUUGCACAAAAAUUUUGUUCCAGGGUGAUACCAAGGGCUCCGACAAUGGUGGAGAUUCGGCUG